GCUCAGACUCCAGCAUGUGGCGGCAGGAGGCGAGAGGAGACACCGAUUGAUCCGAGCUCCGCUCCCCGCCGCUCUCCGCUCCUUCCCGGCUUCAGCUGCGAGGAUCCGCGCUGCGUGCGGCUCCUUCUCCCCGGAGACUCUGACAGGAGUUUGUGAUUUCUUCCUUCGUUUUCUUUUAUUAUUACCGAGAGAAGCAGCGCAGCGGAGACGCCGCCAAGGACACAGGUGUGAGGAAACUUCAUCCGCCUCCAGGUGCGCGGAGCCCGGAUUAGUGCGUCUUUACGCACCGGCGAACUGUGGCGGAGAGUUAUGGGGAGACUGGGAGCGUGAGGAGGAGCGGGGCCACUAGUUCUUCAUCUUCAUCUUAAUCCUCAGCCUCAGCUGUCAAACAUGUUCCAGCACAGCAGCAACAAGAAAUGCUUCACCAUCGAGUCUCUGGUCGGGAAGGAGGCGAACGGCCACGGCGGCGGCUCCGGGGACGAGCCCAUCCGGCCCACGGCGCUGCGCUUCCCGGACUCCCUGCACCCGGCCGCCGGUGUCUUCGGCUCCUGCUUCCAGGGGGGCAGCGGGAGGACUUUGUUCUCGGCGGGGCCGGACAUGGUGCUGCAGGAGCCCGGGACGCACUCGCAGGGCCACGGAGGUCUCCCGCUCCACCCGCUGCAGAUCCCGCCUCAGAGCUUCUUCAGCCCGCAGCACCGGGACGCGCUCAGCUUCUACCCGUGGGUCCUGCGGAGCCGCUACCUGGGACACCGCUUCCAAGGUGAGGACAACAGUCCAGAGAACCUGCUGCUCCACGGUCCGUUCUCCAGGAAACCCAAACGGAUCCGGACGGCGUUCUCUCCGUCUCAGCUGCUUCGCCUGGAACGAGCCUUCGAGAAGAACCACUACGUAGUCGGAGCCGAGAGGAAGCAGCUGGCAAGUGGGCUGUGUCUGACUGAGACACAGGUCAAAGUUUGGUUUCAGAACCGCAGGACGAAGCACAAGCGUCAGAAGCUGGAGGAAGAGUCUCCGGAGGCUCAGCAGAAGAGGAAGGGAAGUCAACACGUCAGCCGCUGGAGGGCGGCCACGCAGCAGCCCGGCGGCGAGGACGUGGACGUCCUCAGUGACGACUAGACGCCAGCGAACGCAUCGUGAUGUGUUUACUGACUGGACGCCAGCGAACGCACCGUGAUGUGUUUACUGACUGGACGCCAGCGAACGCACCGUGAUGUGUUUACUGACUAGACGCCAGCGAACGCACCGUGGUGUGUUUACUGACGAGACGCCAGCGAACGCACCGUGAUGUGUUUACUGACGAGACGCCAGCGAACGCACCACCACAGGCUCGGACACUAAACCAUGAAGUCAGGAAACACGACGUCAAACAUGUGGAACAUCUCAGAACUUUCAUCUGAAAACGGAUUUAAACACGACCGUGUGACCCUGAACGCACCAUGCUGCAUUCACUGACUAAACCGUCACAUACUCAAACCUGCCAUGAAGUCAGGAAACGUCAAACAUCUGGACCGAUGAGACGUUUUAUCUGAACAGAUUUAAACACUGGACACAUCACGUCUUCUCCGCUUCAUGUUUCAGCCUCUAAAAACAAAACCCACCACGUUUUUAAAGCCCUGAUUAAAACUAAAGUACUUAAAAUGAACUCUGGGUUAUGUUGGGAAACACAGACACAGAAACAAUCGUCCUGCAGCUCAGAGGAGUUCAUGUAGCUUUGAAUCAUUUCAAUCAUUCAAACUAAACUGAAACAUGUUACAUUAAUGUGAAUGUAAGAAAAAGUCAAAAACACUGAGAGUUUCAGCGACAGGAUGAUGUUUAAAAGUUUCUAAAAGGACCUGAUGUGAAGUUAGAGUCUGGAUGAGCUGCAGGAAACGAAUGCAUUUAGAGUCUGGAGCAGGAAAAUGUUGAAUUGGUUCCCUAAAAGCCUUUAAAAUAAGCUGAUAUAAACACACGUACUGUUCGUCCAUAUGACGAACACUGAGCUCGACGUCUCGUUACAGACGGAGACAAAAGAGGAACGACUGUUUUACUGAAAUGUCCUGGUGGAGUUGGACAGACGAGGAUCUGAAGCGUCCAAGAAGCGAAGCGUUGUCUGGGCCGACGAACACGCGACGACGCCAGAGUCUGGAGAAUAAAACCGAGACCACGUCUGUCUGCAGCAGAGGAGGAGGAAAAGAAAAGUUCUCUGUCUGUGAACUCAUCCACAUCCCAGAGCUGCUUCUUCUCAGGAGGAAUAAUAAAAAGAAACAAAACUUCUUUUUUCUUUGUGGCAGCUCUGAACCUAAAACAAGUAGAAACUGAUAAAAAUCACUUUUCACUCAUCGGACCAAGUUGUUGCUUUGAGUCUUUGAGGAGUUUCUUUUUUUUUUGAGAAGAAGUUCAUCAGUUAGCGUCCGCCGCUAACCCGCUAGCUACCGUGCGUUUACAUGCGCAGCUACAGCAACUAAACCAGAUUAAGUCUGAAAUCAGAUCAGGACGGUGACGCCUGCAGGACGAGACACAGAAUCUGGAAAUAUUCAAGAUUUUCCUCCUUGUCAACAAACGAACCAACAACCUGACGCCUCUAAACAUUUCACUGAUGAAUGUUCUGAUUUAAACAUUAUUCAGUGACUCUAAGGGCUUUUUAUUAUUAUAAUAAAUAAAAAUCCCACGUGAUAUUUAGGACAUUUACUUAAAGACUUUAAACGGUUUCAUUUUAUUUAUUAUUUCUUUCUUUUUAUAUAAUUAAAUAAAUAAAUAAAAUGUUGUCACAUUGAAUAAAAUAAAAUAAAAUGCUACAAGACACGUGUUUACAAAAACGUAUAAAUUAAGAAAAAAUCAGUGGCUGAUUCUAGAGACUAAUUCACAUAAAAAAAUCACACAAUAUUUAGGAUUUUCAUUUUAUCUGGAAAUAUAGAUGAACGGAAAAACACCACACAGACCUUUAAUUUAUCAUUAUUAAUAAAAUGUAAUUAAAUAAAAGAUUGGAACAAUUGUCAGAGGCGGUUUAAUCCACAUUUAUUAUUAAGAGCUUCUGUUUUAUGGCACUAAUUUACAAUUACAUCAAUGAAAGUUAACGUUUCAGAACGUGAUUGUUUUUUAUUCAUAAUCAUCCAAAUAAAAAGAAAAUAUUCAUUUGGGAAAAUAAAACAACAUUUUAACUUCUUAGCAAAAAAGAAAUAAAAGAAAAGGCUCAAUUAUUCACAUUAUUAUCGGAUGUUAAAAAAAACGGAUUAAAAUAAACGACGUUGAGGACUAUUUUCAGCGGCGGAUUAAUUCAUGAAUUCAUUAAUUAAUUACAGAGUUUCUGAGUUAAUUCUGCUCAACUUAAAGGUUUGUUGACACUGAGGAAAAGAAGAUUAAUUAAUGAUUUAAUUUCCUGCUGACUCCGUUCAGACUCUUUCUUCUCAGUUCGCUUCACUUCUCACUCCGCUGGUUGUUUCUUUGUGUUUCUGGGGAAAAUGUAGGUAUUUAUGUAAAAAAAGAAAAAAAAAGGAAAGUAAAGUAUUCUAUGCAUCUGGCGUGUAAAUAAUGAUGAUAAUAAUAAUAAUGUGUGGACUGUUUGUUUUCUUCAUUUGUUUCACUCACAGCAUCAGUUCGGUUUAUUUCUUCUUCCUGGACACAGUUACCUCAUCACCUCCUUAUGUAGCACUUCUUCUUCUCCUUCUUCUUUUUCUUCUUCUUCUUCUUCUUCUUCUUCUUCUUCUU